AUGAAUGCUCACGAGAAACUUGAAGAAGGGUAUUCUACCCAAAGACCACCGAUGUUCAAUGGCAAGUUUUAUUCAUACUGGAAGAAUAGAAUGGAGAUAUUCAUCAAAGCUGAAAAUUACCAAGUAUGGAGAGUCAUUGAAAGUGGUGACUUCGAGGUAACAAAAACCAAUGCAAACAAAGAGGUAAUCCCUAAACCAAUAGCUGAAUUUGAUAAAGAAGAUUACGAAAAAUAUGAGUUAAAUGCUCAAGCAGUGAAAAUCUUGCAUUGUGGACUAGGACCUCAUGAGCACAAUAGAAUCAUGGGUUGUAAGUCCGCAAAACAGAUUUGGGAUUUACUGCAAGUAACACAUGAGGGAACAAAUGAAGUUAAACAUUCCAAAAUUGACUUACUAAUGUCAAAAUAUGAAAGAUUUGAAAUUCUACACAAAGAAUCCAUUCAGGAUAUGUUCACUAGAUUUACUAACAUUGUCAAUGAGUUAGAAUCUUUAGGCAGGUCCAUACCCAUUGAUGAACAGGUAAGGAAAGUCCUUAGAAGUCUUCCCCAAGAUGAGAGGUGGAGAUCCAAGGUCACUGCUCUGCAGGAAUCCAAGGACUUCACCAAGUUCAACCUUGAACAGCUCAAUGGUUCCCUGCUCACUCAUGAACUCCAACUUGGAGCAAACUCUGAAAGUUCCAAGAACAAGAGCCUUGCUCUAAAGGCUUAUGAAUCAAGCGACUCUGAAAAUGACGAUAUGGAAACUGCCAUGCUUGUACGGAGGUUCAGGAGAAUGCUAGAAAAAAGAGGAGAAAAGAACAGACGAGGACAGCCAAGUUCCAAAGAGUUCAAAUGCUACAGAUGCGGUUCCAAAGAACAUCUUCUCAGAGACUGCCCUAAUCCUAAGGAGGAAGAGAAAACCAGCUACAAAGGCAAGGAACAGAACAAGUACUACAAAUCAUCAUUCUCCAAGGAAGAUGUAAGAAAAGCCAUGAUGGCUGCAUGGGGAAACUCUGAGUCAGAAGAUGAAGGAGAAGGAGAAUCCGUAGAAGAAACAGCCAACUUGUGUUUAAUGGCUAAAGCAGAUGAUGAAGCUCGUAUGAAGGAACUUGAAUCUGAGCAUGACAAUAUACUGUUAAAUGUAGAGCUGGCCCAGUUAAAACUUGGAAUUGACUUUCCUGACACUGAAGUUCCUAUUGCUAAACAACUUCCAAAUUUUGAGAAAUUGAAAUCAGAUUUGGAAGAAAUCAAAAUAAAAAAUCAAACCUUGGAGGAGGAACUUGCAAAAGCUAGGAAAGGCAAAGAAGUGAUUAAUAAUGGAAUUCCAUCUUGGAUAGCUAAUACUCCAAACAAGAAUAAAGAAGGACUGGGUUAUAAAAAGAAGUCUAGGAGAAAUAGGAAGUAUGUAGAUCUACCCAGUCAAAAACUAUGUUACUAUUGUGGUAGUACAGGACAUCUUCGAGCUGCAUGUCCUAAGAGAUUUAAAGAUACUCUUAAGAAUACUGAGCAUGCUGAAUAG